GCCGCCGCGCUGCGCUCCGGGCUCGGCAGGUCCGCCGAGGCGAGCGGGCAGCAACAAGCCGCUGCCGCCCGCCCGCGGCCCCGCCAUGGGAGCCGGGCGCGGGGCGAGGCUGGCCGCCCCGAGCCGCCGGCGAGGCUGAGCCCGGCGCCAGCGCAGGGACCCUGGAUCUGUGAAGCGCUUCCCUCCGAUGUGAGUGCAGUGUCCCCUGUGGGAUGCAGUAGGUGAUGCCCAGCUCUACUGCAAUGGCAAUUGGAGCUCUCUCUAGUUCUCUCCUUGUAACCUGCUGCCUCAUGGUUGCCCUCUGUAGCUCCACCAUACCCGUACAAAAACUAGCCAAGGCUCAAGACAAACAGGAGAUAAAGGCGAGCCAGGAAAAGAGGGAUCACACGUCUACAAGGGACAGCCAGACAGGCCCAGGGAAAAUGAAUGAGAUCGGCAGGAGCGGAAGGGAGGAGGGUAGCAGGGACUGGAAGAGCAAAGGGAACAGGAACUACUCGAACAAGGAGUCAUGGACUAAGCAAAAGCAGGCUUGGAACAGCCAGGUGACAGGCAGUAAAUCUGGGAGCAUUCAAGUGCAAGAGCAAAGGGAUGCUGCUCCCGAGGAACCUCAGGUGGCUGAAGACUCGUCUCUCCCAACAUCUGUUGCGAGUGUUACUCCCGAGCCUCCAGAGGAGUACGCCUAUCCGGACUACCGUGGGAAAGGCUGCGUGGACGAGAGCGGCUUCGUGUAUGCCAUCGGGGAGAAGUUUGCGCCGGGCCCCUCUGCCUGCCCCUGCCUCUGCACGGAGGAGGGCCCGCUAUGUAUCCAGCCCGAGUGCCCCAGACUCCACCCUCGCUGCAUCCAUGUGGACACCACGCAGUGCUGCCCGCAGUGCAAGGAGAGGAAGAACUACUGCGAGUUCCGAGGAAAAAACUAUCAGACCCUAGAGGAGUUCAUGGUUUCUCCAUGUGAAAGGUGUCGCUGUGAAGCCAAUGGUGAAGUGCUGUGCACAGUUUCAGCCUGUCCCCAGACCGAGUGCGUGGAUCCGGUGUAUGAGCCUGAUCAGUGCUGUCCUAUUUGCAAAAAUGGCCCAAACUGCUUUGCAGAAACCCUUGUCAUUCCAGCAGGCCGGGAGGUGAAAACUGAUGAAUGCACUAUAUGUCACUGUACUUAUGAAGAAGGCACGUGGAGAAUUGAAAGGCAAGCGAUGUGCACUAGACAUGAAUGCAAGCAAAUAUAGGAAUUCUACAAAUCUACGUACUUUUCGUGGUUUUUAUAAAAUAUCUCACAGCAGUGAGCACCCUAGAUGACCCAGGAGAAUCUGACUGAGAAGAUUCUGGAAAGGAGCAAAGAAUAAAACACUGAUAUUUUGUUUUUCAAAGUAACAUAAUACUGCAAGGCAAAGAAGUGCAUAUAUUUAAAACGUUUGGACAUAAGAAUACCUGUCUUAAAUGUGUUAUUUUCACAGUGAGUACACUAAAAUACACUGAAUAAAAUAUUCUAUGUAUUUCUAUAAUAUCAUUAUAGAGCUUAAAAAUAAAUGUUUUAUAUAGACAAUACAGAUUGAAGUACUGUA